GCGGCUUUGUGGAGAGAGCUUGAAGUGAAAAACUAAACCAGACCCCCCUCCUCCCUCCACCUCCUUCACCUCCUCCAGCAUUUUAUUCGGAGCUGUUUUGGAGGUAUUCGGUGCGUAGGGGGCGAUUCGGGAGCAGAUAUCGGGAUCGCAAAAGUGAUUGAUAGGAGACAUUGCGGCGCGCGCAUCCGCCUGAGCAUGGCGGCGCACAAGCCCGUGGAGUGGGUCCAGGCCAUCAUUAACAGAUUCGACGAACAGCUACCUACAAAGACAGGACAACAGAGCACCCACAACAAAGUGAGCACCGAGCACAACAAAGAAUGUUUGAUAAACAUCUCCAAGUACAAAUUCGCCCUUGUUAUUAAUGGUCUGACCAAUAUACUCAAAAAUGUGAACAACAUGCGGAUUUUCGGCGAAGCGGCGGAGAAGAACCUCUACCUCUCCCAGCUGAUUAUCCUGGACACACUGGAGAAGUGUCUGGCGGGGCAACCAAAGGAUUGCCUGAGGUUGGAUGAGGCCAUGCUGGUGAAGCAGUUGCUGCCUGAGAUCUGUCACUUCCUGCACUCGUACCGUGAGGGCCAGCAGCAUGCCGCUCAGCUGCGUAGCUCCGCCUCCGCCGUUCUCUUCUCUCUCAGCUGCAACAACUUUAACGCCGUCUUCAGCCGUAUUUCUACAAGGUUGCAGGAAUUUACAGUAUGUACAGAGGACACAGUGGAUGUCCACGACAUUGAACUCAUCCAGUAUAUCAAUGUAGACUGCUCCAAGUUAAAGAGACUGCUUCAAGAAACAGUACUCAAAUUCAAAGCUUUGAAAAAACCCGCCCAGCUCGCAGUUAUCAGUAGUCUGGAAAAGGCUUUCUGGAACUGGGUGGAGCAUUACCCCGAUGAGUUCACCAUGCUCUAUCAGAGACCCCAGGCUGACAUGGCCGACUGUGCAGAAAAGCUGUUCGACCUGGUGGACAGUUUUGCGGAGAGCGCCAAGAGGAAGGCGGCAGUGUGGCCGCUGCAGAUCAUCCUCCUGAUUCUGUGUCCCGAGAUCACACAGAGCAUUACCAAAGAAGUUGGUGGAGAGGAGAAAGCUAACAAGAAGUCCUUUUUGGAAAGUCUCCGGAAGGCUCUGGGACAGCACAGCGGCAGCAGACAGCUGACAGAGAGCGCAGCCGUUGCCUGCGUCAAGCUCUGCAAAGCAUGCACUUACAUUAACUGGGAGGAUAAUUCAGUUAUAUUUCUCCUAGUUCAGUCUAUUGUACUGGACCUUAAGGGUCUUCUGUUUAACCCCACAAAGCCGUUCUCGAGGGGGGCGGGCUGCCAGAGCGCUGAUGUGGAUUUGAUGAUCGACUGCUUUGUGUCGUGUUAUCGUAUCAAUCCUCGUAACAACCAGCAUUUCAAGGUGUGUUUAGCUUCGACUUCUCCUCCUACCUUUCAUUAUGUCCUGGUCAACUCACUGCACAAAAUCAUCACCAAUUCUCACCUGGACUGGUGGCCAAAGAUCGACGCCAUUUACUGCUACUCGGGUGAACUGCGUACAAUGUUUGCAGACACGCUGGGCAGAGUGAUCCAAAGUCUCAGUGCCCAUCCACCUCUGAGGAUGACAUCAAGUUUGACUUUUAAAGAAAAAAUGACGACCAGUUUAAAGUUUAAGGAGAGGUCCACAGACCUUGACUCGCGCUCGCUGCUGCUCGCUCUGGUCAAACUUAUCCACGCUGACCCGAAACUAAUGCUACACAACCCUGGUAAAUCUGGUCCAGAGAUCCAGAACAGCACAGCUGAGCUCAUCAAAGGUCUGGUGGCGCUGGUUCCUCUCAACCACAGCGUCGAACUCUCACAGGAAGCCAUGGAGGCUCUGUUGGUGUUACAUCAGCCAGAAACCAUCGAACAGUGGAACCCCAAUGCAACCAUUGAGACCUUCUGGGACAUCAGCUCUCAGGUCUUAUUCCUGAUAUGUAAGAAGCUGAUCGGUCACCAGAUGAUCAACAGCACAGAGAUACUGAAGUGGCUCAGGGAGAUUCUUAUAUGCAGGAACAAGUUCCUACUAAAAAACAAGGAGUGUGCUACACAAGGCAGUCUCAUUCCCAUCAGCAGACAGGCUCAGACCAAGCUUGAGGUGUGUCUGUACACCUUCCUGUGGAGUCCUGAUGCUGAGGCCGUGCUUGUGGCCAUGUCCUGUUUUCGCCAUCUCUCGGAGGAAGCGGACAUCCGUUGCAGCGUGGACGAGCUGCCCAUGCACACCGUCCUGCCCAACUACAACACCUUCAUGGAGCUCGCCUCUGUCAGCAAUAUGAUGGCAACAGGUCGAAACACGCUUCAGAAGAGAGUGAUGGCCCUGUUGAGGAGGAUAAAGCACCCUACAGCUGGAAACAUAGAGGCAUGGGAAGACACGCAUGCAAAAUGGGAGCAAGCUACGAAACAAAUACUCAAUCACUCCAAAAGCAGAGUGGAAGAUGGGCAGGAAUGGAUCAACAUGACUGGUUUCCUGUCCGCCCUGGGGGGGGUUUGUCUCCAACAGCGCAGUACACCCAGUCUGGGCACCUACAGUCCUCCCAUGGGCCCUCUGACCGAGCGCAAGAGCUCUAUGAUAUCCAUGGGAUCCUGUGAGGUGAACAGCGAAACGUCUCUCAACAGGUUUUUGGAGCGACUGCUGUCUCUAAUGGUCUGUACCCAUGAGAAGGUGGGCGUGCAGAUUCGCACUAAUGUCAAGGACCUGGUGGGACUAGAGCUUAGUCCAGCCCUCUACCCCAUGCUCUUUACCAAGCUACGCAACAGCAUCGGACGCUUCUUUGACACGCAGGGUCCGGUCCCCUUUACAGACACCAACACACUGUUUGUAGAGCAGACCAUCGCCAUUAUGAAGAAUCUCCUGGACAGCCAUACUGAGGGAAGUUCUGAGCAUCUGGGACCGGCUAGCAUUGAGACCAUGAUGCUCAACCUGGUCAGAUAUGUGCGUAUUUUAGGAAACGGGGUGCAUGCCAUUCAGAUCAAAACCAAGCUGUGUCAGUUGGUGGAGGUGAUGAUGCAGCGCAGAGAUGAUCUCUCCUUCUGCCAGGAGAUGAAAUUCAGAAAUAAAAUGGUGGAGUAUCUCACAGACUGGGUGAUGGGAACCUCCAAUCAGGCAGCAGAUGAUGACAUCAAAUGUCUGACACGGGAUCUGGACCAGGCCAGUAUGGAGGCGGUUGUUUCCCUUUUGGCUGGUCUUCCCCUGCAGCCCGAAGAGGGUGAUGGCGUGGAGCUCAUGGAGGCCAAGUCACAGCUGUUUCUAAAGUACUUCACACUCUUCAUGAACCUGUUGAAUGACUGCAGUGAGGUCGAGGAAGAUGGACAACAGGUGGCCGGGAGGAAACGUGGCAUGUCUAGACGGCUUGCGUCGCUUCGUCACUGCACAGUUCUGGCCAUGUCCAAUUUACUUAAUGCCAAUGUGGAUAGUGGCCUCAUGCACUCCAUCGGGCUGGGGUACCAUAAGGACUUACAGACACGUGCUACAUUCCUGGAGGUCCUCACAAAGAUUCUGCAGCAAGGGACUGAAUUCGACACGCUGGCAGAGACCGUGCUGGCUGAUCGCUUUGAGAGACUCGUCGAGCUGGUCACCAUGAUGGGUGACCAGGGCGAGCUGCCCAUUGCCAUGGCCCUGGCCAAUGUGGUCCCCUGUUCCCAAUGGGAUGAGCUGGCCAGGGUGUUGGUGACACUGUUUGAUUCGCGACAUCUGCUGUAUCAGCUGCUGUGGAACAUGUUCUCGAAAGAAGUGGAACUGGCCGACUCUAUGCAGACCCUUUUCAGAGGCAACAGCCUAGCCAGCAAGAUUAUGACAUUUUGCUUCAAGGUGUAUGGUGCUACAUAUCUGCAGAAGCUGCUGGAUCCGCUUUUAAGAGGAAUAAUCACCACACCAGAAUGGCAGCAGAUCAGUUUUGAAGUCGACCCCACCAGGUUAGAACAAACGGAGAACCUGGAUGAGAACCAGAAGAACCUGCUGCAGAUCACAGACCGCUUCUUUCUGGCUAUCAUCAACUCCUCCACAGAGUUUCCUCCUCAGCUGCGCAGUGUUUGCCACUGCCUUUAUCAGGCUACUUGCCACUCCCUUCUGAAUAAAGCCACUGUUAAAGAAAAAAAGGAAAACAAAAAAUCCGUGGUCAGUCAGCGGUUUCCUCAGAACAGUAUUGGUGCUGUGGGAAGCGCCAUGUUUUUGCGGUUUAUUAACCCAGCUAUCGUCUCGCCGUACGAGGCAGGAAUCCUGGAAAAGAAACCACCUCCGAGGAUCGAGCGUGGUCUCAAACUUAUGUCAAAGAUUCUCCAGAGCAUUGCUAAUCAUGUUCUCUUUACUAAAGAGGAACACAUGCGGCCCUUUAAUGAUUUUGUAAAAAGCAACUUUGAUGAUGCCAGAAGGUUCUUCUUGGAUAUUGCAUCCGACUCUCCUCCAAGCGAUUCGGUGAAUCACAGUCUGUCGUUCAUCAGUGAUGGGAAUGUGCUCGCACUGCAUCGUCUUUUGUGGAACAAUCAGGAGAGAAUUGGCCAAUACCUGUCCAGCAACAGGGAUCAUAAAGCAGUGGGUCGCAGACCGUUUGAUAAGAUGGCUACUCUCCUGGCAUACCUGGGUCCUCCCGAACAUAAGCCUUUGGCUGAUACACACUGGUCCAGUCUCAACCUUACCAGCUCAAAGUUUGAGGAGUUUAUGACAAGGCAUCAAGUCCAUGAAAAAGAAGAAUUCAAAGCUUUAAAGACCCUUAACAUUUUUUACCAAGCUGGCACAUCUAAGAACGGCAAUCCUGUCUUUUAUUACAUUGCUCGCAGGUUCAAAACCGGACAGAUCAAUGGGGAUCUUCUCAUAUAUCACGUGCUGCUAACCCUAAAGCCUUACUAUGCCAAACACUAUGAGAUCGUAGUGGAUCUUACCCAUGUGGGGCCCAGUAACCGAUUUAAGACGGAUUUCUUGUCCAAGUGGUUUGUGGUCUUUCCUAACUUCGCAUAUGAGAACGUGGCAGCCGUGUACAUCUACAACUGCAACACUUGGGUACGAGAAUACACCAAAUACCACGAGCGACUGCUGACCGGCCUUAAAGGAAGCAAGAAGCUGCUGUUUAUCGACUCGCCCGCACGCCUAGCCGAGCAAAUUGAGCCGGAGCAGCAGAAGUUGCCUGCUGCUACGUUGGCUCUGGAGGAGGAUCUCAAAGUGUUUCACAAUGCCCUGAAGCUUGCACACAAGGACACAAAGGUGUCCAUCAAGGUGGGCUCAACAGCCGUACAGGUGACCUCAGCCGAACGGACACGGGUCCUGGGCCAACCCGUGUUCCUUAAUGACAUAUACUACGCCUCUGAGAUUGAGGAGAUAUGCCUGGUGGAUGAGAAUCAGUUCACGUUGACCAUCGCAAACCAGGGCACCCCUCUCACGUUCAUGCAUCAGGAGUGCGAAGCCAUCGUUCAAUCCAUUAUCCACAUACGCACCCGCUGGGAGCUCUCCCAACCAGACUCCAUUCCCCAGCACACCAAGAUCAGGCCUAAAGAUGUCCCUGGAACCCUUCUCAACAUCGCCCUGCUCAACCUGGGAAGCUCCGACCCCAGUUUGAGGUCAGCUGCGUACAAUCUCCUCUGUGCCUUAACCUGCACCUUUAACCUGAAGAUUGAAGGCCAACUCCUGGAAACAUCUGGCUUGUGCAUCCCAGCCAACAACACCCUUUUUAUAGUGUCCAUUAGCAAAACGCUAGCAGCCAAUGAACCCCACCUCACUCUGGAGUUCCUGGAAGAGUGCAUCUCUGGCUUUAGCAAAUCAAGUAUUGAGCUAAAACACCUGUGUCUGGAGUACAUGACUCCCUGGCUGCAAAAUUUGGUGCGCUUCUGCAAACACAAUGAUGAUGCUAAAAGGCAGCGUGUCACGGCCAUCCUGGACAAGCUCAUCACAAUGACCAUUAAUGAGAAACAGAUGUACCCAUCCAUACAGGCGAAGAUAUGGGGCAGUUUGGGUCAGAUCACAGACCUGCUGGAUGUGGUGUUGGACAGCUUCAUAAAGACCAGUGCUACUGGCGGUUUGGGAUCUAUCAAGGCUGAAGUGAUGGCUGACACAGCUGUGGCACUGGCCUCAGGAAACGUCAAGCUGGUGUCCAGCAAAGUGAUUGGCCGAAUGUGUAAGAUCAUCGAUAAGACGUGCCUAUCUCCCACCCCAACCUUGGAGCAACAUCUGAUGUGGGAUGACAUUGCUAUCUUGGCCCGAUACAUGCUCAUGCUGUCCUUCAACAACUCUUUAGACGUAGCAGCUCACCUGCCGUAUCUGUUCCACGUGGUCACACUGCUGGUGGCCACCGGCCCGCUGUCCCUCAGAGCAUCAACACAUGGUCUUGUUAUUAACAUCAUACAUUCCCUCUGCACCUGCUCGCAGCUCAACUUCAGCGAGGAAACUAAACAGGUGCUGCGUCUGAGUCUGACCGAGUUCUCCCUUCCCAAGUUCUACCUACUGUUUGGCAUCAGUAAGGUGAAGUCUGCAGCAGUCAUAGCCUUUCGCUCCAGCUACAGGGACCGAUCGUUUUCACCCGGGUCCUAUGAGAGAGAGACAUUUGCUCUGUCUUCCCUGGAAACAGUAACCGAAGCCCUGCUGGAGAUCAUGGAGGCUUGUAUGAGGGACAUUCCCGGAUGCAAAUGGCUUGAUCAGUGGACUGAACUUGCUCAAAAGUUUGCCUUCCAGUACAACCCAUCACUUCAGCCUCGAGCUCUGGUGGUGUUCGGCUGUAUCAGUAAGCGAGUGACUCACGGGCAGCUCAAACAGAUCAUCCGUAUUCUAAGCAAAGCCAGUCCUCUUCUCAGCAUCGACCGGGGGUUGGAGAGCUGCUUAAAGGGUCCAGACAACUACAAUAGCCAGGUUCUCAUAGAGGCCACGGUCAUCGCACUUACCAAACUACAACCUCUCCUCGAUCAGGAUUCUCCAAUGCAUAAAGCUCUGUUCUGGGUGGCUGUGGCCGUCCUGCAGCUGGAUGAAGUGAAUCUGUACUCCGCCGGUACCGCCCUAUUGGAGCAGAACCUGCACACGCUGGACAACCUCCGGGUGUUUAAUGAUAAGAGCCCUGAGGAGGUGUUCAUGGAGAUCCGGAAGCCGCUGGAAUGGCACUGCAAACAAAUGGACCAUUUUGUGGGACUUAACUUUUCCUCCAACUUCAACUUUGCAUUAGUGGGGCACUUACUCAAAGGGUACAGACAUCCUUCCUCCACCACAGUGGCAAGAACAGUUCGUAUCCUGCACAUGCUCCUGGGACUUGUGGGAAAGCACCUCAGCUGUGAUAAGUUUGAGGUGAACACGCAGAGCGUCGCUUAUCUCUCAGCUUUGCUCACGGUAUCCGAGGAAGUAAGAAGCCGCUGCUGUCUAAAACACAGGAAGUCAUUACUGCUCUCAGACGUCAGCAUGGAAAAUUUUCCGAUGGACACAUACACGGUGUAUGACGCUGAUCCUGGAUGCAGACUGCUGCUAGAAAACCAGCCCUGGGCUUCUCCAAAAGUGUCAGAGCGUAGCCUCACACCGCACUACUCCGCCAUGGGGCAGACCAGCCUUCGCCCACGCAAAUCCAUGAGCGUGGACAUGGGCCAGCCAUCGCAUGCCAAUGCAAAGAAAAUACUGGGCACCAGAAAGAGUUUUGAUCACCUGAUAUCAGACUCCAAAGCUCCUAAGAGACCGGACAUGGAAUCGGGCAUCACCACACCUCCAAAGAUGAGGCGGGUUUCUGAAAACGAUUAUGAGAUCGAAACACACCGACUAGCAAACUCGCAUUUACGGAAAGUGUCCAUGUCUGAGUCAAACGUCCUCCUGGAUGAUAAAGUUCUCACAGACCCGAAGAUCCAGACGCUGCUCAUCACCGUGCUGGCGACGCUGGUAAAAUACACCACGGAUGAGUUCCAUCAGCGAAUCCUGUACGAGUAUUUGGCCGAAGCCAGUGUGGUUUUCCCCAAAGUCUUUCCUGUGGUCCACAACCUGCUGGACUCCAAGAUCAGCACAGUCCUCUCCAUGUGCCAGGACCCGAACCUCCUGAACCCGGUCCACGGCAUCAUUCAGAACGUGGUCUAUCACGAGGAGUCGCCCCCACAGUACCAGCCGUCCUGCUUACAGAGCUUUGGUUUCAAUGGACUUUGGAGGUUUGCCGGGCCCUUCUCUAAGCAAACUCAAAUUCCAGACUAUGCUGAACUGGUGGUUAAGUUCCUAGAUGCUUUGAUUGACACCUACCUUCCUGGCAUUGAGGAGGAGGGAGGGGAGGAGUCACUGCGCACGCCCACCUCCCCGUAUCCGCCCACCGUCCAGAGCCAGCUCAGCAUCACGGCCAACCUCAAUCUGUCCAACUCCAUGACAUCACUCGCCACCUCACAACACUCGCCAGAGGGCCCUAUAGUUUAUAGACGGUCCCCAACUCUCACCCAUCCGCGAAGCACAGAGGAGGUGCCGUCGAAAUCAGCUGCCUGUCUGCCUUGCUCUAAGUCGGCCGUAUUCCCACCUCACCUCGCCCUCCCAGGUAUCGACAAGGAGAACGUUGAGAUCUCGCCCACCUCCAGCCUCUCCUCCAGUGGACGAGCGCGACACGGGUCAGCCAGCCAGGUGCAAAAGCAACGGAGUGCGGGCAGCUUCAGACGGCCUAGCAUCAAAAAGAUCGUCUGAGAAGAUUUGAGGAAACGUUCCUGGCUAUCACGCGAAUCCAUUUUGUUUUCAACCGUCCAGUUUAACAAGGUUCUUGCAUAAGAACCACUUGGGGAUUUCGUUUGUCUUGAAGAAGAAAAACAGGUUUGACAGAAGCUCGCCACACACUUGCAUAAACUGACACGCAGGGGAGCUCGGAGGUUGCACUGAAACGCUCCGCAUUGCACUUAAUGCCGUCGUUUUGACACCGACCGCAUAUAAACGCAAGAUUUGGCGCGCAUGCGCAUCCUAGUUCACUUCGAGUUCCGAGAGGCAUCCUUUUCUUCAUCUUGCAACUUGCACAAACUUCUCUUUUAUUAAAGUCUGAACGAAACAUGAACGAGAAACUGAUUUAAACAACCACUACAAGCGAACGGAUGACCAAUAUUAACUGUGUGGAGACCUGCAGCCUCAUUAUUCUGGCCUGGCAUGAUCUUCCUUUUUUCUUGUAGUCUUGGAACCACGUUUAAGAUGGAUGAGCAGUGGUUGAGAACCUGAUAUCCACAGAAAUCGGGAUUGAGAUCCGACGUCUUUGUGAUCCCAACCACGGAAGGAUUCUAUCUGUAUUAUACUAAUGACGAGAAUAACGAUCACGUGUUUUGGGUUCUGAUUUUAUCCAUUGUGUGCCUUUGUCAGGGUUUCCAGCUGUGUAUAGUUUGUAAAAUAGGCAAGACCUUGUUAAGGAAGGGUAAACAGGUACUAAUUAUGAAAAAAAAACAUGUUGCGGCUUUAACAUAUACAGUAACAUGUCCAUACGUUACUCCGGUGUAAACAGUACCAUGUGACCAUCAGAUACAAAGCUAUCAUACUGCAACAUGUUAAUAUUUAUUCUGUAAAUGUAGAUAAUCCUUUUAGAAGUCACAUGAAGGUAUUGCUUUGCGAUCGUCAUUGCAUCAUCAGUCAUAACAAGAUUAUAGAAGAGCAGAUGGGGGAGUCUGUGUAGUAUUCCUGCCUUUUCAUCAUAGAAAUUCUGCUUUGUUUACAAUUACAGUUGGACGAUGUUAUGGAGAUAAGAGAGUGCCAUUCGGUGACAUUUCCAAAAUGCACCUAUCAAAUACAAAUUGGCAUUAAAAUGAUUCAUUUUUUGUCUCACCGUGGUGCAAUAUGUUUUGUUGAACACUAUGUGUGUGUAGAAAUUGCACAUAAUUAAAGUAUGUGAUCUGGAAUUAUCUGUGCAUUUUUACUUUACAAUUUCCCACUGUUUCCUCACUAGUCUCACAGGCGGUGGCACAUGAAUCCCACGACACACUGACAUAGUAACAUUGCACCAAAGACCAGUUUGCAAUAUUGUGAGAAGAAACUGUUGUGAACUUAAUUUUGUUACUUUUUUUAAGUUCUGUCUAUGUUGUGUACACCAAAAUCGUUUGUUCCAUUCACACAGUUUGUAACAUCAAUAUCUCAGAAAGCGACUAAUUGGUUCUUGUGGCUUUUUCAAAUCAUUCAAAAAUGUUCAAUUUUAGGGUGAAAUAGGAAUAUGAUAACAUUAACAUGACUUCACAAUGGCUGUGAAAUGGAAUUUUGUGUGUCUGUGCAAUAUCUGUUUUGCAUUCAGUGGAAGUCUAGUCCAAACUAAAAGGAAGAAGGUUCAUAUAUGCUAACAAACAGGAAACCCAAUCGUAAUUUCCAUUUCAUUUAUUAUUAUUUUGGGUUGUUUUAUUGGAAGGGAGGUAAGGAAAUGAUGUGAUCUGUGUUACUAAUUAAAGGGAAUCUUGGAUUACUAAAGAAGAGGAAUGAGGGGUCCGUUAUUUUAGUUUGUUUCCGAAAGGUUAAUGAAUUCAUACACACAAGAGUACCAGAAUUUCAUGUUUCACUCUUGGAAUUGGGACCAAAUCAAUGUCGUCUUUUCUGUUCCAUUUAUGCAUUUAUUUUUUACUUUGCUUUUUGUUUUACCACUUUACUACCAUCCAAACACUUCUGUUUAUUCUACAUUUUGUAUUUUAGUGCACUAAAUAUUACCGCAACAAUACUACGAAAAGCUGAUUUCAUAAUGUUUGAUCAAAAACAAAACUUGAAAUAGAAUUGAAAUAUUUUUUCCUGAUUUCCAUGUUGUAAUAGGGAAUGUAAUAUUAAUCCAUGUCAAAUUUCCUGGUGUGUGUUCAAAACAGAAAAUAUGAAGGAACAUCAGCGACCCAAUCGAGAUUUUAUUGAUUCGCGUCCAUUGCUCUAAAUAAACAGAAUAUAACUUCUGUAUAUUCAAUCUGAAAUGUUGCGUUGCUGUUAAAACUGACUAAAUCAGAUAUGUCCUCUGGAUGUCUGAUCGUAUUACUUUAAGAUAAUUGUGAAGGCUACAGGAAUGGUAGACACAUGACAUGGCCCUAAGCAUUUUAAAUUGCAUAUUUGACUAAAUUGUCUUAUGUAUUCAAUACAUCAUAAACAAACUAAAAACGUGGUUUAUUUUAUAUAAUUCAAGAUGCGUGUUUGUCUGAUGCAUAUGCCGCAUUUUUAACUGCAUUGAUCAUCUGUAAACAAUGUAUUUGUCACUUGUAAAUAUGUUUGUGUAAAAUUGGAAGGUAUAUAAAUACAAGUGUAAAUAUAUGUGAUAUUGUAUUACUUGCUUUUUUGUAAAGCGGUUAGUUGCUGUACAUGUAUAACAUGGCAAUUAAAUUAUACCAGUGUUCGUAAUAAAAGUUUCCCUCAACCCUGUUA